GUCCCGACCGAGUACUAAGUGAGUUUGCGAAGGAUCGUUCGGUAGAUCCUUUCGUCGGCGACAGCGGUGGUCUGGGUAGCUGAUCGAAGGUCAGACGUUCGGAUUUCCGACGAUGGAUUCGCAGCAGCUCGUCGACACGGUCUCGCAAAAUAGCCAGGACAUCGUCCUGCCGAAGCCAACGAGUAGCACCCCUAGGCACAGCAUCGACGCGAUCCUUGGACUGGCUAAUAACAAGAGGAGUCACCAAGAAAUGGAGGAUACCGCGAGGGACACCCAGGAAAACACUGGUGAGAACAGCUGCAACUCCACCGGCGGCGGCAGCGACGAGGAGCUCGGGACAGGCUGCGGGGACGAUUUAAACGGGAACGGCGGGAAGAAGAAGCAUCGCCGAAACAGGACGACCUUCACCACCUACCAGCUGCACGAGCUCGAGAGAGCCUUCGAGAAGUCUCAUUAUCCGGACGUGUACUCCAGGGAGGAACUCGCCAUGAAAGUCAAUCUUCCGGAAGUCCGCGUCCAGGUGUGGUUUCAGAACAGGCGGGCAAAAUGGCGCAGGCAGGAGAAAAUGGAGGCUGCGAGACUCGGCCUCAGCGAGUAUCACCACGCUGCCAAUAUGAGAAGCGUAGCUGGUCCAGCUCUAGGGUUACCAGGAGACCCUUGGCUCACUCCUCCAGGCCUGCUAAGCGCCCUUCCUGGUUUCCUAGCUGCACCUCACUCGGGAUAUCCCAGUUAUCUAACCUCCCCCCGACGAUUGCCAUCGCCACCAAACGUCGCCGCCGUUGGAAACGCUGUACCGGGAGCCCUCAGCGCAGGGAUGACGAGCAUAGGAAACGGGGGACACGUUCCAGCGGCGCCUUCGAGUCCCCCAGGCCACGAUCCGCGUACCACCAGCAUCCAGGCUCUGAGAAUGAGGGCUAAGGAGCACGUCGAAAGCAUCACCAAAGGGUUGCAAAUGGUCUGAAGUUUAACGUACAACCCACGAAGGCUGCCCACCGCGUACGAUCGCACGGAGGCUACCAUUUUCACACCGCGGGCGUGACGAGAAGCGAAGCUGCUCUACCUUCGAUCCUUCGAUCCCCUGGAAGACUGUACAGGCGGCACAGGUCGUCUUUAGUCGCCGAUUCCAGUGGGUGAACGACGCGGACGCGUCGUUUCUAUUCCAGUGGGAUGUUUUAUCGGAUAUCGAACGCGAAACGCCAGGACUCGGACAAGAAAGGGACGAUUAUCGCGCACGGGAAUGAUCGGUUCAGUGGUAAUCGAGAACGGCAGUUCCUGGCCCGGUUAUUGCCUGGCUGAUUGGUAAAUCAAAUUCGUUAUAUCGUUCACGGCGACGGUGGGUUUCUUCGAUUCCCUGGAGACCAGCUGUUCGAUACCGUCCCCCAGGAUGGUUGGUGCCGCGUACCAGUUCACGAUAAUAGUGCAAUAAUCGAGAAUAGAGGUCGGAGACGCGGAGACUUUUUGUACCGUCACGAAACGAGAGUAGAGUUUAAGAUCCAAAGACGUUCCGUUUCGGUUAGCUCCAGCCGCGAGAGCUACCACGGACCCACCUAACUUCCUGAACCGUACAGCUCAGUAAGUAAUAUAUUGCAUAUAGUUUUAACGCCAAGAUAUUUCGAGAAACGGUUUCCUUGAACGACGAGGAUUUUAUUUUGCGUGCCAUCGAGGAGGCGUUCGAGACGAUUCGAGUGUGAACGUUGCUUGGAUCUAACACGUUAGCUCGUGGUCAUUAGAUAAUUUCUUGAGUUUCGAAGUCACGAGUGUUGGAUAGUAAGUUUGCGGGAAGAAAUGUUGGAAUCGGGUGAUGAUAAAUGCUAGAAAUUGAUUGUCUUGGAUUCGCAGAGAGGCAGAGUAAGUUUGUACACUUUUGGGUCAGGAUUUCUUGGCAUCGAAGCUAAGGAUUGGUGGGAUUCGUCAUUUUUAGUUUGACGUUGGCUAACGUGUUAACCGAUCGAGUGCCUGAGACAAUCGUGCGUGGGUUCACCAUCGAGUCACAACGUGUUUUGACGAGGUGAAUGAUUAAAUUCAGAGAUGGGCAAAAUCGACAGAUUACCCAUCAGAGUUCGAAUUACAGAAUGAAAUAUUUUACAGAGAACUAUCGAGGACGAUGAUGCCUAGUAUGUCGAACGUACUACUAUAUCUUUGACAUCUAAAGGAAAAUAUCAUCCUCGAUCCUAUUUUAGUAAUAUCCAUUAAAAAUUCUAACAAAAACUCAACUAAUAACUGAAUCAUUUUAAAGAAAUUCGGCAUCGUCAAUUUCUUGAUAGUUCCUUGGUAAUUUUAGUAUUGAAAAUCAAGUGAACUUGGCGACAAAAUAUCGCUGUGCAGAGACUAUAGUUGUCAUCUGUUAUUGGGAAAAAAUUCUGCCCAUCUCCCGAUCGAAUCGACAGACGGAGAAUAAGCAUGCGACCGAUGCAUCUCAAUGAAAUUAAUUGGUACAAAGGGUCACUGGCCCGGGACGGCCCAAACGAACGUUUUCCCCGUUAAACUGGUCCUGUAUCCGAAAUACGAUUAAUGUAAUUGUUUGAUAAUCAUAUAACUCGCAUGAGCGCGCGAGAUCGAGAUACUCGUCGACCAAACAGCGUCUCGCGACGCGAGAAUUUAAGGUUGACACUUGUCACUCGUUUUUAUCGGACGUCAGAUUGCAUUGAACGAGAUGGACGAUCGACGGAACGGAUCCAGCGUUCUCGUGUGAAAUUGAUUUGCCUUUCGAUGGUGCGCGCAGACGAGAGUCAAGUGUCUCGUUUUAACCCAGACGUGGCUGAAUUCCUCCUGGCUACUUUCUUUUGUUACUUCAAAGUAAAUAGUCCAAGUGCGACGAAUUUGGAAAAAGUUUCGAAGUCAGACAUGAGCAAAAUUUUAUCAGGAUAAUUGGUGAGAUAUGAAACCAGUACAUGGAUUUAUGUGUAACAGUCACAUUUUUAUUUUGCGUAUCUCGAAUAAUAGCAUGGAGCGUUGGUUUGUUUUCUAAUUAUUCGUUUAAAAAAGGUUGAUUCAUUUUUUACAUUACCGAGGUAUUUCAUUCUGUAAUUAAAAUUCUAACUCCUGUUCGAAAUUUUUGUCUUGGUCGGGAUUUAUCCAUUUUGAAAACUUCGUUCAGGAAAGUUCUAAAUCCAUUUGGAAGAACGUCGACCGUGACUAGGUGAACAAAGCGCGAACUCUUCCAGAAUUUGUUUAGCUCGACGCGAGAAUGGACGAUCGACAUGCGCGCCUCGGUUACCGUGAGACUAGAUAAAUAUCUCUUGUAGUAUAUAGACUCAAAAUGCGGUGGAGGCGGCGGACGCAUUUUGACAUAAACAAUAUUCUGCAGUAUUAAUACGUUAAGGCGAAGAAUUGUGCAUAAUUACGUAAUAAAUGACUACGGUAUUGCGAAAUUGUUGGCUUGGAAGGGGACUGGUCGAACGAACGGUCCAAGAGUUUGGUUGCGAGGAGAAAUUAAUGAGAAUCAUUUUUAAACAAUCCUAUCAACACGGUGUUGUAGGAAACGUAACUUGGAAAAUGAUGUUCCGAAUUCGAAAAGAAUUCGUUCGUGACCUGUUCUAAUUAAAAGUAGCAAAAUAGAGCAGUGACAGAGUCAAUUCUUUCAACUUCAUUCUACACUUGACUUUAUAUUCUCGUCACCUUAAGUAUUUUUAUUUAAACAUAUUUACUUCUCCUUGCUAGUCGUCUCCAUCAGACAUUCAGACAUAAUUUGGCCACAUAGGUCCACCAGUCAGCUUCCAAGGUCUACGAAGAGAAGCAAGUAGAGGGUGAAGAACGUAGAGUUACCCCCCCCCCCCCGAACGUCUAUUUGUAUAUAUACCUGCUCGUGAUAAAAUAAAAUUUGAUG